AUGGCAUCUACUUCCGAGUCUCUUUCCGUUGCUGUCGCCCACACCGUCACUUUCCUCACCGCAAAGCUGGCUGGUUCGUAUGCACCCUCCACUCUCCUUAAACUCCAAAUGGUGCUCGAGGCCAACCUCACCGCACACUACGCCCCUUCGUGGAUUCCCACAGACCCUAUUCGUGGCUCGGGCCGUCGCUGCAUGACCCUCUCUCCUACCUGCUUGCCCCCUCGGCCCGUUUGGUCCGCCUGUGCCGCCACUAAUGUUCAGUGGUUCGAUUGGAUCGCUCUCCUCGGCAACACAGAGUUUGACCUCUUCGUCGACCCGGGAUGUGUUGCUAUUCGCUGCCAGAAUAAGAUUGUCAAUGUCUGGUCCGACGAGAAGAUCGAACAAGUUGCACCCAUCUCGGCCCCAGUCUUCAGCGAGCCAAUGAUCAAGGCAUCUCUUCGCCCUAUCGUUGCUCCUCGCAAAACUUUUGCUCAACAAGUCUUGGAAGACGAUUUCGAGGAGGAAGACAAGAUUUUCACUAUGCUUGCUGACGAAAUCAGUGCACCUACCUGGGUGACCCCAAUCAUUACUCAAUUCCCCAGGCCUGCGCGAUCCACCUCUCCCCUUUCAAGCAUCUCCGAACAGUCUCGCUGCAGCUCUCGCUCCUCUAACUCGAGCUCUUCCGGCUUUUCCUUCACUUCCGACAGCGUCUCCUCUCGCACCUCCGUGACCUCUUCCAAGAGUAGCGAAUUCAAACCUUCUCGUCGCGAGAGGGCUCGUCAAGCUCGCGUCUUUGUCGACACAACCAAGACCGAGGUCACUCCAUACGAUGGGGGUAAGACUACCGUUCUUACUGGCGGUGUCAUGCUCGGAGGUGGCCCCAAGGCCGCAAACAAGUCCAAGUUCCUGUCUGCGAACCACGCCGCCAUGACUCACUCCAGCAGCUGGCGCUCUGUCCGUGCUUAA